AUGGCAUAUAUCAAUGUUAUCUUUGAAACACAAACUGGUCGCAUGGUAUCUGGAGUAUUACCAGCUAAUUUUGAACUACCUGAUAUGCUCAAGUUGAUCCGAGACAAGUUGGAUGAUGAAAAUGCUCAUGAAGCAAUGCGUUUUCUCUGCAAAAAUAAACAAUUGAUGUUGAAUGAUGCUACAGGAUUUGCUGCUCAGAAAAAACUAAUCACCAACAAUGUUACUAUUCGUGUUGCCAAACGUAUGAUUGGCGGCUUUGAAAUGGUCAACAUCCAUCCCUCUUAUGCUACAGGACCAGUAAAAUCUUUGCCAAAUCGACGUUGUUGUCCUAAAUGUUUCCAAGUCGGCGCUUAUGGUAAUAAAUGUCAGAUGCAUACGUGCUUAAAUUGCAAUACGAUCUUUUGCUUCAUCUGUUUACGUGAACCAGCAGUUUGUACCAGCGACAUACAACAUUGCAUGCCUGUCCGAAUUCAAGACUAUUCGAUAUUUCCAAAAAGUACAGAUUCAUGCUAA